CCCACACGGCCCCUACGCGGCAACCAUCGAAAAUGACCACUGAGACUGACUGGAUAACAACACGCGACCAAUCCUUCUGCCCGUCCGUCCGUCCGUCCGUCCGUCGUGUGUCUGUCGGCCACGGACUGCAUUGACGGACGGAUGCAUCCCAUCGCAUAAUCCAAUAAAUGCACUUAAGACAACUGAACAAAGCCAAUCAAUCGCUGACACAGACACACAUACACACACACGGAGACCACACUGUAUGAUUGAUACACAAGGCAGGCCGCACAUGUCACGUCAGUCUCAUCACACCUCCUCGCUUGUGCUCGAGGCGGCCGCCCCGUCCACACCCACCCCCACACCCCCGCCCCCUUCCUGCCCCACACCAGAUGGGGUGUGGGGGGUCUCAUCUCCUCCUUGCUGCGUCUGCGUGUCCGGCUUGUCCUCGGACGGCCGGGGCUGGGUCACAUUCCGACGGUGGCUGUUGGCUUCCAGGGUGAACACCUCAACUUCAUCUAAAGCAUACAAAUGCAAAUAUUAACGUGUGGGCGUAGCGCAUGUCGAUCGCUUUGCGGGCUUGUGUACCGAUGUAACAGAUGGCGGGGCUGCCGAAGAGGCGCCUGUUGCCCUCUGGCCAGCCUGCAGGCUGCUUCAGCCGGGCGCUGUCGCCACGCAGGUAACCGUAACACCUACACACACACCAUACACACAUAUAACACCUCGUGUAUGGUAUGAGUCUGUACGACGUUGAGUUGGCCACCACCGGACCUGGUCAGGUUGUCGUGUACGCCCUUGCUGCCGGUGUCGCCGCAGCCCAUAAUGAGGCACCCGAAGAACUCCACCAGGCCGUGGGGCGUGUUCUCGCCGUCAGUCAGUGAUCCCUUCCACUCGGUCCCACGCACCGUCACCUUGCUGUCGCCACAUGCCUGAUUCAUCCACACACACACACACACACCGUGUCAAGCGGUGUCUGUGUGUGUGAGGGGGGGGAGGGGCUGCAUACAGACGUACCAGUUUGAAUGGGCCCGGUUGCAGUGAGAACAGCACGGGAGCGAAGUGCUCACAAGACGGGUCGACGGUGACUAUUGUGGCCUUGUGGGUGAGGCAGGGGAGCGGUGCGUCGAUGGCCACGCCCACGAGUGAGUCGGACUGGCACUUGCUCUUCCGCUGGGCCAGCAGCAGGAGGGGCGAUCGGUCGAUGACCUUGCUCAUGAGAUUGUCGAACGUGUGACCGUCGCGAGAUGACCUGACGAACACACACACAGCCACACACAUGGAUCGUGCACGUGUUGGUGCUGGAGGGGGAGGGAAGGGGCUCGUACUUGUAGAUCAGCUCGAGUUCGUCGUGUGGCUUCAGGCCCAUCCAUUGGCGGAUCUUGUACAGGUGCUCCCGGCUCGUCAGCAGACUGCUGCCCUUUGGGGGCAGACACAGAGCGCCAUAAGGACCACCAUACCUGGCCAAUCACGCCAACACCAACACAACACCGGCAUGUCUGUUUGUCCUCCAUGGCCGGCUGUGUAUGUGGAUUGAGGGUGGCUACAUGUCAAAGACGGCCUUGACUCGGUCAACGUGCUCCCUGGGGUAGCUGGGCAGCACGAUCGGCGACUCCCUCUCCUUGUCGUUGGUGGCCUGGGCCUGCAGGUGCAGCCGCCGACACGCCUCAAUCAUGAAGGCCACAGCGUCAUGCGGCACUUUGCAUAUCGUUUUAUUUGACCACCUGACCGACGGCAAACACACGGCACGUUGUCAUGGUCAUGUGCACAGUCAGUUGUUGGCUGGCUGAGUCACUCACUUGACGAAACGAUUGUACAUGGAGUUCUCCUCGCCGAAUGCGCGGAGCGUUGCGGUGGUGGUGGUGAUGGCGCGGCCCAUGACUUCGACGCUCACCACUGAGGCGCUGUCGUCGUCGCGGCCCGUCUCGAUGUCCGCCUGAGAUGAACGAGACCCACUGAACAAACCGGACAGAAGGAAAGACAGACAGACGUAGUGCAGUGCACCGCACCGUCUCUUUGUCGGUUGCCAUUCCAUCUCCCCCCAGCUCACCCCUGCACCCUGGUGAAGAAGUCAUGGACAGCGGCGAUCCUCUCCUUGAAGGCCUCCUCGAUGCCCUCGCCUCCCCCCUCCCCCAGGUGGCCCCGCACCACGCCCAUCAGCCGUCCCUUCUCGGCCCGCCAUGUGUCCACACACCUGUCAACAUCCUCCAAGAAGCGACAGGGUGACGCUGUUGACGACGAUAACACGCCGCUGCUGCAGGCGGGGACAACCACCUCGUUGCUGGCUGCUGGGGGCUUUGGGGCACAGAGUGGUGCUGGUGUCGGUGUCCGCUGGACGCCCGUGAAGGUGCGCAGGAGGGCGGGGAAGUAGAUGUUGGACGGCGGGGCUUUCGUGGUCAGAUCUGAGGGGGAGAUGAGGCCCAGCUCGACACGGACAAGGUCGUCAACCAAAGCGGCGAAGCACUCCCUGUGUGGACAACAGAAGAACAGCAGCAAUACAGUCACACAUAAAGAAUGGAGACGAGACCACCUGCCGUGCCAGCCCCUCUUGCUGACCCGCAGCAGUUGAUGAACAUCCUGUUGUGUGGAUCUCUGAGGAAAUUGGCGUCCCACACGCCGCUGAACAGCUCCGCAACGAGCGAGUCCUCCACACACGUCAGCGUCGACCUCUGCACCUUCAGCACAGUUCCCCCCGCGUUGAUCUCCAGCACAUCAUCGCCGCUGCCACGGGCAUCUGGGCGACCACCAAGGCCUGCACACACCAGCAACACGACAGAGAUCUCCAGUGUGGUCGCACAGAGAUCUGCUUUGCGUCUAGAUCUACCUUUGAUGAUAUUCGCCCUGACUUCCCGGCCCUCCUCCAGGUGCUUCAGCGUCUCCGUGAGGUGUUUUUGCAGCGCUGCGUAGUGCUCCUCGAUGGCAAACAGGCCAGGCAGGGGCGAAGUGGGAUGAUGCGAUGGGAGGGCAUACGCCGAGGCUACAGCCGCUGCUGACGACGACAUCUUGGAGCCACCCCAGCCAAGCUCUCUG